AUGGAUAAAGAUGCCGAGGAGGAGAGGGAGGCUCUGCUCCGAAUCCAGUCCAUCAAAAAGCACUGGCCAGGCGACGUCGAGGACUGCAUCCCGUUCCAUCACCCUCUCCGACAGCAGCCCGCCAGCACCUGGCCGACCUCCCUACUCCGGCUCAUCCAGGAUCUCGCGAAACUCAGCCCGGUGCGCGCCACGAAGUGCCAGGCCCGCCGCCGGGCCUGGCUCGCCAUCGCCGACGAUUUCAAAGAAACAAACCCCACCACCACCGACGCUCUGAAAGACGCCCUCCGCGCCGCCACGAGAGCGUACGUCGCUUUCUGGCCGCCCAACCCAAAGCGCGGCCCGAUCACCGCCACCAAGUCCCACCCCGACCCGCACGCCAUCGAAGACUUCGGCGCCUACGAGCAACCCACGGCGCCCGCCCAGGCCUCCGCCGACGCCGCCGUCCUCUCCAUCUACGACAACGCCAUCAACGACAGCGGCGCCGCCUUCGGCCACCCCGCGUCGGGCCCCACCGUCUCCACCUCCGCCACCGCGUGCCGCAAGCGCGACUGGACCACCGGCGACCCGACCAAAGGAGAGCUCUGGGCGACGCCCGCGCAGCUGGUGCCGCCCGUCCGCGACGGCGGCGGCGGCGGCUACGGCGACGUUGACGUCAAGAGCGACUUCAUCGUCGUCAUCGAGGCGCGUCUCGGUGUCCCGCUGGCGCGCUUCUUGCGCAUGCCCGAUUUGAGGCCCGAGCAUGCGUUUUUGAUCCCGGUGGAGAUCCUGGACGCGCUGGCGGCGGUGGUGAGGGAGUUUCCUGGUGUGAAGGGCGACGACCUGUACGGCUUGUUGGUUCGGGAGAAGAAGAAGAAGGAGGAUGGGAUGGGCCGGAGGAAGGGCGACAUCUGUGCGGGGUCGAACAUCACCGAGGAUGAUAUCUACAGCGUGCGCGAUCGGCUUCGAGGCUCUAGGGGGAAGACUGGCGGCGAGCAUAGGCGCAUUGAUGAGUUUCCGGGACGUCGUUCUCCCGGCCGCGACCAGCGAGAGAAGCUUGCGUACCUGCAAGACCUCGCCGCCUACUGUUGUGCCGAUCUUGACAUCGGCUCGUCGCCGCCGCCCGAGGUGUCGUCGAAUCGCCCUGAGAGACCCCGUCAGAUGCCUCCUCCUCCUCCUCCCGCCGCCGCCGCCGCCGCUCUAGUGGCAAAUCACCUUAACGCCUACGGCCACGACGAAGCUGAAGCUAGGCGAAUCUUGAGGGAUGUCGAGCGGAAGGAGGUAAGGAUUCGGCGGAAGGAGGAAAGCAUUGAGAGGAAGAGAUGGAGAUCCUCGCCGGGCUGGGUGGAUUUGGAUUUGGCCGGCCUGCUUUAG